AUGAUUGACACCAAAAGGUUUAUUGGUAUGCCAGACGAGCGAUUUGCAGGUGCGGCUGGGAUCAGGAUAGAAGUUGUUUUGAAAGAAUGGACAAAAAGCAAUGUAAUCAGAGAGCGGUUUAUUGGUAUGCCAGACGAGCGAUUUGCAGGUGCGGCUGGGAUCAGGAUAGAAGUUGUUGUGAAAGAAUGGACAAAAAGCAAUGUAAUCAGAGAGCGGUAGGC